AUGCCUGAGCCUGUUCUCACCCUGAUUUCGGCGAUCCUCGAAGACGGUGCCGCACUCACAGGCCCAGGGCAUGAAUCCAACCCGGGCGAUAUCGCCAUAUUACUACUCCUUGACAUCGGCGGCACCAUGUAUCUCUACAACGACGCCAGGUACUUGGCGGAGAAACUCGCCGAGUUUUCCAAGGAGUGGAAAGCGCGUGAGGAUCUGACUGCCCGGGCGCGCAACAUGCUGCGCAUCGACAACGACGUCAAGAGUCUCGAAAGCUUUGCCAACCGAGCCUACAGCACAGAAAUGGCAACCCAGAAAACCGUGAUUCGAGACCUGCUCGGGGGAACGCACAGCCUCCUGCACCAAGAAGAGACGGAGAGCUGCAUCGACUCGGCGGUAGCGAGGAUACGUUCGAUGGCGGUAACAUGGGACGAGAUCCUCCCCGUUCGGUGUGGUGUCAAGCCGUAG